AUGCAGUUGAAAAAUUCAGUUUUGGUUGCCGCCCUUUCGGCUUCCUCUGCUUUUGCUACUUAUACCAAAGACUAUAAGCUGAAUGCUUAUUGGGGACAAUCAGGACCUGACACCGAUAGCCUUGGCACACACUGCGAAUCCGAUAGCAUCGACUAUGUUACUCUUGGUUUCGUGAACAACUCUCCUGAAAAUGGAAAUGGCACUGGCUACCCGGGCACAAACUUCGCUGCUCACUGCGCAGCCGAGGUUUACGUCAACAACAACCGGAACUCUAAGCUUCUCAGCUCGUGCUCUUUCAUCAAGGAUGACAUUAAGAAGUGCCAACAGCUUGGAAAGAAGGUUUUGCUUUCUAUCGGAGGAGAAUUCACUUCCUCGAGCAACUAUACCCUCUCCACUGUCCAAGCUGGUAUAGAUUUCGCCGACUUUCUUUACAAGUCGUUCGGUCCUUUCAAGAGCGGCUAUAAGGGGCCUCGACCUUUCGAUAUUAGCAGCACGGAACAUAUCACCGUUGAUGGUUUCGAUUUCGACAUCGAGACUAAGUUCAGCAACCAGCAGCCAUAUGUCAACAUGGUGAACCAUCUUCGCGAUCUCAUCACCGCUGACAGCAAGAGCAUUCUUCUCACUGCUGCUCCGCAAUGCCCCCAAUCUGCUGAUUAUUUCCAGAUGAAGACCAUCCUUCAGCAGGCCAAGUUCGAUAAGAUCUGGAUCCAAUUCUACAACAACCCCAUCUGCGAAGCCUGGACUACUGGUUUCAACUACAAUGACUGGGAGAGCUUCAUCAGCGGCGGUGUUAACAGCGCUGCUGAGCUCUUCAUCGGUCUUCCUGGUAGCGCUUCCGCUGUUGGCUUGCUCGGAAGCGGCUACAUCACGGCUCAACAGGCUCAGAAUCUGAUCUGCACGUACAAGAAGAAGGAGCAUUUUGGCGGUGCCAUGUUGUGGGAUGCCUACUAUGCCUCUCAGAACAAAAACCUUGCUGGAAAGAACUACUACAACUUGGUUGCUGAGGCCUUGAAGUGCGGUGGCUGUGAUGGAGAUGUCUGCAAGCCUGUUAUAAUCAGUAGCUCGGCUACGGCUUCGUCCACGACAAGCUCCUCCACCAGCUCCUCCACCAGCUCUUCCACCUUGUCGACCGUUAGCACCACCAGCUCGUCUACUUCCUCGACUGUCAGCACUACGUCUACCUCAAGCUCUGCCUCUAGCACUAGCAGUAGCAUCUCUACUUCCAGCUCUGUUGCCACAUUGAGCAGUGCUUCCAGCUCAAGCUACGUUGCUACAUCGAGUAGCGCCUCUAGCUCAGGAUAUAUUGCGACAUCGGCCAGUGCUUCCAGCUCAAGCUAUCUUGCUACGUCUACCAGCUCCUCAGUUUCCAGCUCCAGCUCUACUGGCUCUACUAGCUCCUCAGCUUCUAGCGCGGUAACUAGCAGCAGCGUGACUUCAGCAUCGUCCUCUUACGACCUCACCUCCAGCAGCUCAGCAUCUGCUAGCGAGACCUAUGCCGACAGCACAUCGUCUUCUAGCAUCGCGACUAUCACAGAGUCCUCGACAAGCUCUUUAAUUACAAGCACCAGUACUCUCUCAACAACCUCUACCAUCUCUAGCUCUUCGUACAGCGCUUCGGCCACUUCUUCGGAAGAUGACUGCCCUCCUGAUGAGACUUCCAGCUCAUUCGCUGAGUCGUCCACUUACAGCGUCUCGGCCAGCAGCAGCUACCCUACCGUAUCGGUCACUUCAAGUAUUUCGAACAAUGUCUCGUUUAGCGGUUAUCCCACCGCAUCCCUGACUUUCAGUGCUUCGAAUAGCGUCUCCGAGACCCAAUCUGUGAGCGCAACUUUGUCGCCUUACCCUACCAGCAGCGCCUCCACCACGGAGUAUACGACUAGCACCGUCUAUUCUACUACCGUUUACACUGUGACGUCGUGCGCCCCUAGCGUCACCAACUGCCCGGCCAAGGGUUCCGUCGUUACCGAGACGAUUGCCCUGUACACCACAGUCUGCCCCGUCACCGAGACACAGAAGCCGACGCAGACUCCCACUGCCGUGCCCUACACGAGCACCAUCUACAGCACGCGCAUCAGCACCAUUACUAAGUGCCCUCCCAGCGUGACCAACUGCCCCGUCGGCUCCGUCACCACCGAGACCGUUGCUAUUGAGACUACGAUCGUCCCUACCACCGUUAAGACGGCGGCCGAGGCCAAGCCCACUACCUCUGGCGUGGUUUCGUACCCCGUCGGCGGCGACAACCAAUACCACCAGGCCUCGCCAUCCAACGACGUACAGACUGCCGCGGUGUCCAACUACCCCUCAGCGUCUACCAACGUGCAGACUGCUGCCGUAUCUAGCUACCCCGCAGUAAACACUCCGGGCGCAUCCUCUUCCCCUAGCGCUCAGUCCGUGUCUACCACACUGACUGUUGCUGUCUACCCCACGGGCAAGGGCGGCUACAACAAUGGCAACACUAACGGCACCGUUUCGUCUUACAGCGCCGGCACAGGAUACCCCGUCGCGCCCACGACUACCUCCGCUGGUAGUGGAUAUACCGCCAUCGUGUGCAACGGCGCUGGUUGCUCGGCCUCGACCUCGUACCCUACAGCGUCGGUCGUUACCGGCGGCUCGGCUAAGGUUGCUUCUUUGAGCUUUGGUCUGUUGGCUGUUGUGGUUCUCGCUUUGUAA